UUCAGGGCAUUGACAAAAACUGGUCAGGAGACAAGAAGAAAUUCUUGGAUCUGCCUGACCAGAAAACUUUCACAGGGGGGUAGAGCAAAAUGGCAAUAAACGAGACCAUUUUCCCAAAGUUAUGCAUGUUGUAUGAACGGAAUAUGUACUCGAAAGGCAUUUGGUUUGGAGAGAACCCUUUGGAUUAUUUCAUCCCUCUUGCCAUGUUUCAAAUAAUCUUGUUUUUCAUACUCUCUCGGACAUUAUACUUCCUUCUAAGGCCCUUGAAACAGCCUAAAGUUGUCUGCAAUGUACUGACUGGACUCCUGUUAGGACCUUCGGUGCUAGGGCGGUACACAACAUUAAUGGAUAAAUUAUAUCCAGCUAAGGAGAUGUUGGCUGUCAAUACCCUCUGCCUAUUUUCCAAUAUCUCCUUUAUAUUCUUGAUUACAGUGAAAACGGAUGCCGGGAUGAUCUUUAGAACAGCAAGGGAUGACUGGAGUCUCGGCCUAUUAUCCAUGUUAGUUCCUCUUGGAAUCAGUUAUACUCUCUUUAACUUGCUAAGGGAUUUCCUGCCAGGAUUUCAAGGAGGAAUCGCCGCUUUUACAGUAUGCGGUAUCAUGUCAACAAGUUUUUUAUCUGACAUUGCCUAUGGUAUGGAUGAGCUCAAGCUCUUAACCUCGGAGCUAGGCCAACUUGCCAUGUCUUCUGCAGUGAUCAAUGAUUUGUUUGGGUGGGCAAUCUUGACGAUGUUGAUUAUGUCAAACCAAACAAAAUCAUUAUCGAUUAAAGCUAUGCUUUCGUUUGCUGCAUUCCCAAUCUUCGCAUUGUAUGCCGUACGGCCAACAAUAUCAUGGAUUAUCAGGACAACACCAGAGGGAAAACAAGUAGAUCAAUUAUAUGUUGUUGCAACUCUGCUUGGGGCUUUCGCAAUGGGAGCAAUCAGCGACGCUCUAGGCCUGAGCUUCCUACCAGGGAUUAUUGCUAUGGGACUGAUCGUACCAAAUGGACCGCCUCUAGGUGCAGCAAUAGUAGAGAAAUCUGAACUGAUCAUCAAUGAAUUUUUUAUGCCCUUUUUCUAUCUUCGACUGGGUCGUCUCGCGAACGUAGUUGAAAUACGGGAUUGGAAAGAGUUCAAUGCACUGCUAUUGAUCAUCAUCACAGGAUUUCUAGCGAAACUCCUGUCAGUCUGUUUGCAUUCAUGUUUCUGCAAAAUGAGGGUCAGAUAUGUUCUUUUGCUCAGCACGAUGUUGAAUGUGAAGGGUGUACUCAAGUUUAUUUAUUUCAUCAGAUUUCUCACAAAACGGCGUAUAGACGAGCAAUCUUUUGUCCUACUAAUCCUGUCCAAUCUUACCAUCACUGCCAUUGCAAUGCCCCUGAUAGAAUACUUUUACAAGCCUCAUCUUAGACUCGAAACCUCCUUGUCCGCAAAACUAAGUACAAUGUCACUGCAAUCGACUCCAAGCUUUGGGGAAUUAAGGAUUCUUCCUUGUAUUCACAAUGAAGAUGAUGUCCAUGGCAUUAUCACUCUCCUAGAAGCAUCCAACCCGACGCCUGUGAGCACCAUAUGUGCCUACGUGGUCCAUCUUGUGGAGCUUGUUGGUCGAGCAACACCACUUCUGGCACCUUACAAAAAGGUGGGGCGCAGCAGCACAGGCCGAAUUAUGCGAGCCUUCACUAAUUAUUCAGCUGCUUCGGAACAAUCCGUCACGGUUCAGCCCUACACCUCGAUUGCUCCAUAUAAGACCAUGUACGAAAACGUCUGCAGGCUAGCUCAAGUAAAGCAUGUUCCUCUCAUCAUUGUUCCAUUCCACAAAAGCCAAGUCGGUGAAAUCAAUGCCCAAUUCCGCUGUUUCAACGUGCAAACGCAAGCCUAUGCACCUUGCACGGUUGGAAUCCUGGUACAAAGGGGGUUGAGCUGCGUGACCUGUGCUCAAUUCUCCUGCAACAUUGCUGUGCUGUUUGUAGGUGGACCUGAUGACCGCGAGGCCUUGGCAUUAGCAGCUCGGAUGUCAGGCCAUCCUCGUGUCCAAAUCACUGUAAUGAGGAUCAUCGUGAGAGAAAAUGUACAUCAAAGUGAAUUAGAGCAGCAGCUUGACGACAAAUUGUUAACAGAAUUCAAGGCAAAAACCGAAAACUAUGAUUUUGUACAAUGUUUGGAGGUCCAAGUAAACAACAGCAUUGAAAUUUUGAGUUGGAUCAGAUCCUUAGAGAACAAGUAUGACCUUGUCAUGGUAGGGAAACGGCAAGGGAGCAAUCUAGAGCUUGAGGGAGACAUGGCAACUUGGACUGAGCAUCCAGAGCUUGGGGUGAUCGGAGACAUGGUUGCCUCGGAGGAUUUCCGUAGAGGCACGGUGUCUGUGCUGGUCCUGCAACAUUGUAUGGUCGGUGAAGCUUCCAAAAAUCGAUCCAGUUCACAAUGUAGGAGAUAUAGUAUUGGUUCCUUUUCAGCAUUGCUAAAGUAGUAUAUUCUAGUUCAGAUAGAGAGAUCGUGAAACACAUCAAUUUUGCUGUCAAUUCAAAAAGAGAGAUAUAAUAUCAAAUGUUGAUUGUC